GUCCAAGAUGGCUGCCGGGGAGCGCCGCGCCGCGCCCGCCGCGGGAAAGGAGGAAGAUUUUGAGAUUAUUGACAAAAAACAGCUCCCUGACGCGGCCGAGCUGAGGAACGAGGAGAAGGCGAAGCCGGAGGAAGCGCGGUGGUCUGCUCCGAUCUUGUCUCUGGCCAGGAAAGCCUCGGAAAACUUGGCGCUGAGCUAUGGCAGCGCCCUGAAGUCCGCAUCCCUGGUGGGAUUGGUGUCCAAGCCCGGCAGCAGUGACAGCCCGGCAAAGACAAGUACGGCUCCGCUUCUUUAGUAAACUCGCUUUUGUGGUGCGCAAAUGAGUUCGCUCCCGUACGCGGUGUCACACCAUGGAGGAGCGUGCCAACCUCAUGAACAUGAUGAAGCUCAGCAUCAAAAUCCUCAUCCAGUCAGCCCUGAGCCUGGGCCGGACCCUGGACUCUGACUUCCCACCACUGCAGCAGUUCUUCGUGGUGCUGGAGCACUGCCUCAAACACGGGCUCAAAGUGAAGAAGAGUUUUAUUGGACAGAACAAAUCGUUUUUUGGUCCUUUGGAGCUAGUGGAAAAACUUUGUCCCGAAGCAUCAGAUAUAGCAACCAGUGUUAAAAAUCUGCCAGAGCUGAAGACUGCUGUGGGCAGAGGGAGGGCUUGGCUUUAUCUAGCACUCAUGCAAAAGAAGCUGGCAGAUUAUCUCAAAGUACUCCUGGACCAUAAGCAUCUCUUAAGUGAGUUUUAUGAACCUGAUGCAUUGAUGAUGGAGGAGGAAGGAGCAGUUAUUGUGGGUCUGCUGGUUGGACUGAACGUUAUUGAUGCAAACCUCUGCUUGAAAGGAGAAGACUUGGAUUCCCAGGUUGGAGUGAUUGAUUUUUCCUUGUACCUUAAGGAAACACAGGACAGUGAUGGCAAACAAGAUGGAGGAAUUACAGCUGUCCUUGACCAGAAGCAUUAUGUGGAAGAACUGAACCGACAUCUAAGUUGCACAGUUGCAGAUCUCCAGAACAAAAUAGACUGUUUAGAAAAGACCAAUUCAAAACUCCAGGAAGAGCUUGCAGCAGCUACCGACCGAAUUGGAUCCCUUCAGGAAGAGCAGCAGCAGCUGAAACAACAGAAUGAAUUAAUUCGUGAACGGAGUGAAAAAAGUGUAGAGGUAACAAAAGAGGAUACAAAAGUAGAAUUGGAUACUUACAAGCAGUCACGCCAGGGUCUUGAUGAAAUGUACAGUGAUGUUUGGAAGCAGUUGAAAGAAGAAAAAAAAAUCAGGCUGGAGCUAGAGAAGGAGUUGGAGCUACAAAUUGGAAUGAAAACAGAAAUGGAAAUUGCCAUGAAACUUCUGGAAAAAGAUACUCAUGAAAAACAAGACACUUUAGUUGCCCUUCGCCAACAGUUAGAAGAAGUGAAGGCCAUUAACUUGCAGAUGUUUCACAAAUCCCAGAAUGCAGAGUGUUCAUUACAACAGAAAACAGAAGCAAUAUCUUCUUUUGAAGGAAAAACAAAUGAGAUGAUGUCCUCUAUGAAACAAAUGGAGAAGAGGCUGCAGCAGGCAGAGAAGGCCAGGCAGGCAGCAGAGGAACGGUGCAAUAAGAUGAAACAGGAGCUGGCUGGGAAGCUCGACUCGUGUCGGCAGCAGAUGGCCCAGCUGGACAGCAAAUGCUCAACUCUGGAAAAGGAGUUAAAAUCCGAAAAGGAACAGAGACAAACUUUGCAAAAAGAACUGCACCAAGAGAAGGAUGCAACCACUCUGCUUAAAACAGAAUUGCAACAGAUGGAAGGACUGAAAAAGGAGCUGAGAAAACUGCAAGAUGAGAAGCAGCAGCUGAAGAAGGUCCGUGAGGAGCAGGAGCAAGCUCUCCAAGAAAUGGGACUUCAUCUCAGCCAAUCAAAGCUGAAGAUGGAAGACAUUAAAGAAGUAAAUAAAGCACUAAAGGGUCAUACGUGGCUGAAGGAUGAUGAAGCAACUCAUUGUAAGCAAUGUAAAAAGGAAUUCUCCAUCUCAAGAAGGAAGCACCACUGCAGAAACUGCGGGGACAUCUUCUGCAACACUUGUUCCAGUAACGAACUGGCGCUGCCAUCCUACCCAAAACCCGUCCGUGUCUGUGAUAACUGUCACACACUGCUGCUCCAGCAGUGCUCCUCCAACUCCUCCUAAGGCUCUCCCACCCUUACAGAGCCACUUUAACAUUGGAAAGUAGCCAUUAUUUUUUUAAUUCUGAAUUGCAGGUGUCUUCUGUCUUCAGCAGACUGGACUGGCUGGUCUGCUAAUUUCCACUGUAAGGGCAAUGUAAAUUAAUUUGUAGGGAUUGUGCAAGCUAAUGCUUCUCCAACUGAAAUAAUUAAGGAGCUUAUAUCAACUGUAAUUUCCCCAAAAGUUCUAUUUGAAACUAAGAUUCAUUUUUCUGAUUUUUAUAGAUAUUUGUAUUAAAAUUUGUAUAUGGCAUUUCUACAUUUAUUUGAUCCCUGUAGACAUCAUUGUCUCUCUGUACAUGAACCUAAUUUCUUUACCUUCACUGUAGGUGCUCCUGUGUGUUCCCCUGGCUCAUGUACAGUUUUGUAUUUGCUCUAAGUCAGUCAGAGAGAAAAAGGUCAAUUUAUGAAUUGUCUAUAGAAAGCUUUAUAAGGAGUGUCAAUGAAUGUGCCUUCAGUUCACUGCGGAGUCAAAACUGCACAUUAUACUUGUUCUGGAAGUCGCUGUGACCACAGUGCAGUAGUUACACAAUAAAGUCUUUUGCAAAAACUGAAA